UGCCUUGCAGCAGCGGCGGCGGCGGAGCCAAGCUGGAGCGGCCUUGCUUUCAUUCACAGAAACGUUGGUAUGCCAACCUGCUAUUUCAUUCACAGCCAGGACUAUAAACAUUCCUUUUUCUGCUAUUCAUCUUCUUUUCUUUGUUUCUGAGCAGAGAAGGGAAGGGCAGUUUUUUUUUCUUCCCCCCUCCUGCUUUCUAUAUUUGCCAUGUCGGGGAGGGAGACUGCAGUGCGAAAUGCAGCAGAGUGAGCGAGAAGCUGCUCAUGAAUGAGUGUCGCUCCAGUUCUAUAAGGCUAGAGGACAUUUUUUUUUUUUACAUGAAUGGUUAGUGUUUGUGAACGCGAGGCUGAGCGCUUUCUUCCCCUGCUGCCACGGCGACCGCGGAUGCUUCACCGUCAAGGAGACUGUGCCUUGCGCUUUUUUUUUUUUCCUUCUUCAUUGACUCAUCCUCGCCUGAGAAAGAUGACGUUUAUUUGGGUUGUAUCAUCCGCUUUGCUGUAAUUGCCUCAGUUAAGAUUCAGGAUUUCACGUUAUGGAAGGUGCCGGCUUGCUAUUUAGUGUUUUAAAAUGGCUAAAAGAUUCAAUUCUAAGAUUUUUUAAAGACCAAAUUUGAGCUAUCGCACAACUACAUUUUGGAUGAAUUGAAAAAUAAACAUUACAGUUGAUUAAACUACCUCACAUUAUUCAGUUAGAUUUUUAGUUUUAAACAGAUCCACUUAAAAUACAUUAAACAGCUAGAGGAUUUUACUAACUGAUUGUUUCUAGAGUGCUGUGAGUGGGAGUUUUUCCUCCCCUUCCCUGCCUUCCUCCCUCCCUCCAACAGGAAGUGAUUUGCAGUGUUCAGCAAGCCUUUUGUUGAGAAGGUUUUCUCACAUCAGUGAGUCAUGCUUCAGCUCCGAGCCGGCAGCAGCUAGGCAAGAAGGCAACAGCCGGAUCGAUUCCGUCGCCGCGAUUUCUGGAUUUUUGCCGGUUUUCCAGUAGGUAUCAUCGCUGUUGUUGAAGCAUCACCACUGGAAACCAGAACAACAAGCUCUCCAUCCUCCUCUGCCUUGUUUCCAUGGAUUUAUCUAAUGUUUUUCCUCCCCUGAUCGGAUCGAAGCGGCAGAUUUUACCGAUCAGGAACUGAAAGACGCGUACCGCCGCUAUGUAUGUUGCUGCCAUGUUAAAGGAGAGGGUAAUCAUCGCGGCAAGGAGGCGGACGGUGCGUGUCGCUUGAGGCGCCACCACAGAGCAGAGGCGAAGGGUAUGCUUCACCGCACCAAAUACAACCGCUUCAGGAAUGAAUCGGUGACGUCCGUCGAUGACAUUGUCCACGGCCUGUCAAUGAACCCCAAGUUGUCGGCCAGCCCUGAACCGCCUUACGCGCCGCCGGCUGAUGUUCAGCCCUCAGCCGCCUCCAACGCCCCUGCCGCCCCGUUGGCCCCCGUUGGCCAAGACCACCCGGACGAUGGCGGUACGCCCCUGUGCACCCUCAUCAACAAGGUGUCCAACUUGAAGUUCACCAACUCGGGAAGCUUGCUCGGCAUCAAGAGUUUACCCUCGGCGGUUAAGGACCUGGCGGUGGCCAAGCUGCAAGGCGGAGGGGGUUCGGGGUCCGGCCCCGGAGCUGCGGCGGUGACGGCGGCGGCGCCCUGCCCCCCGACGACGGAGAAUGCCGCUAGCAUGAGCAAGAAGAGCAGGCUGGAUGAACUUCCACCCGGUGGGGAGGACUGGAACCCUGGACCGCUAGGCAAACCCUUCAGAGGAUGGCUACACUCAAGUGAGAAGAUCUCAGGUCCAGGGGUGACGUACAUUGUUAAGUAUCUGGGUUGCAUUGAAGUGCUGCGAUCAAUGAGGUCUUUAGAUUUCACGACACGAUCGCAAAUAACAAGAGAAGCCAUCAGCUUGGUCUGGGAGGCUGUUCCGGGGACCAAAGGAGCUCUACGGAAGCGAAAGCCACCAUCCAAAGCUCUAUCCAGCAUCCUCGGGAAGAGCAAUCUGCAGUUUGCUGGCAUGUCCAUCAACCUAAACAUCUCCACCAGUAGCCUCAACCUGAUGACACCGGACUGCAAACAGAUCAUAGCCAACCAUCACAUGCAGUCCAUCUCUUUUGCAUCUGGUGGCGACCCUGACACAACUGACUUUGUGGCCUAUGUAGCGAAGGAUCCUGUUAACAGAAGAGCAUGUCACAUCCUGGAGUGCUCCGACGGUCUGGCCCAGGACGUCAUCAGCACCAUCGGCCAAGCCUUUGACCUUCGUUUCCAGCAGUACCUGCAGUGUCCUUCCAGCAAGCCUUCCUCCACACAGGACAGAGUUCUCAACGUGGAGGACUUGCCGUGGACGGAGGAGGAAGAAGAGUCCGCCGAACAUCCGUACUACAACAACAUCCCGGGGAAGAUGCCGCCCCCUGGAGGCUGCAUUGACACGCGGCUGACCAAUCAGAACGCGCCCUCAGAUGGAAGCCAGACGGGCUCAAACUCUGUGGAUCAGAACUAUUACCAAGGGCGACAUUGUGGAGAAAACUGGUCAGAGGAGAGAAAGUCUGUCUUUAUUCAACAAGGGUCCUUGGAUAUAACCAGUGAGUACAAAGGUCCGGUGACAAAAGCAGACGAGAUGCCCACAUACAUGAACACUCAGCAGAUAGACGAGCAGGUCUUGGCGGCGCUGCAAGCUGAGGCGGAACAAGUGACCAAGAGCAUGGCAGCCGUCGCCAGGGAGAACCCUCAGACGGAUCUUUUUGACAUGAAACCCUUCGAGGACGCCAUCCACUCACAGCCGAAAGCGGCUUCGCAGGUGUCCGCCCUCCACAAGGCAACAUCAGUGGACAAUUCCAGCCCGCUGCUGGCCCGCUCCAUCGCCUUCCGGGUGCAGGAGGAACUGGAAGGCCAGGCGUGGUACCGUGGCAAGAUGAGCCGACGUGACGCUGAAAAACUACUACGCGAGGAUGGCGACUUCCUGGUGCGCAAGAGCGCCACCAACCCGGGUUCGUACGUGCUGACCGGCAUGCACAACGGGAUGGCCAAGCACCUGUUGUUGGUGGAUCCUGAAGGCACGGUCCGGACUAAAGAUCACAUUUUUGACAGCAUUGGCCACCUGAUUGGCUACCACCGUGACAACAACCUGCCAAUCGUUUCAGCCGGUAGUGAACUGUGUCUUCUGCAGCCGGUAGUAUGGAAGCAGUGACCCCCUGCCCGCCGCGGGGCAAAUGGGAAGCUCCGAACUUUAAUUCCUGCCGUCUCAGAAACUUGAAGCUAGAGGGAAGCCAAUGGGGGAAAAAAAGUCGAAAAAAAAGCAUAUUUGUUAUAGAACUGUUAUUUUAUCGUGACGACCGAAAUGCUCUAUUUUUGCGAAGACGUAUAGGACACACGAUCUCUUGAUUUGGUGUUUCAAACGAUAUGUUAUUGUAGUUUGGACAAAUAGACCAGAGUAUUUAAGAUUACGAAAGCUACAAAUGUUACUUUUAUUGUCUGUCAAGCACAACCACAUUUUUACUGAUCCAAAAAACGCAAGAGCCCUACACACAAAGCUGUUUAUCCUUCACAGUGCUCUCGAAUGGUGGAAUUCUUUCAAAUGGUUUACUUGUCAAAUGAGGAAGGGCCACUCUCAAAAAUAUUUUUUCCGAAAAAGUAAUAUAACUAAGCUUCAUCAUUUCAUACUCCGGAGUGUAAGUAGUCAUGAAAAGUAGCGUUGCACCGGCACCAUUUCUUGGCUCCUGGUAUCGGUAGCCGGCUGUGUGGUAUCGGCCGAUGCUUACGUGUACCUGUAGUACAAGUUGGUGUACUUGCAUGUACCUGUACCACAAGUACGUGUACUUGCGUGGACUUGUACUACAUGUACUUGUACUACAAGUAUGUGUUCUUGCACGUACCUGUAUUACAAGUAUACCAACCAGCACAGCAAUGCUGGCUGGAUCACAAGCAUGUGUACUGGCGUGUAUGUGUACUUGCCUGUACUUGUACUACAAGUACAUAAUGUGUUCUUGUGCAUACCUGUACUACAAGUAUUUACACAUGUGUGUACUUCUCAAACAAGUAGGUGUACUUGCAUGUACUUGUACUAAAAGUAUAUAACCAGCACAGCAAAGCUAGCUGGACCACAAGCACGUGUACUUGCGUGUACGUGUACUUGCACCACAAGCAGGUGUACUUGCAUGUACUUGUAUUAAAAGUAUACUGACCAGCACAGCAAAGCUAUCUGAACCACAAGUACGCGUACAUGCACGUACUUAUACCGCAAGUACUGUACGCGUUCUUGACCGUACUUGCAUCGCAACUACGCGUACUUGUGCGUACUUGUAUCGCAAGUACGCAUACAUGCGCGUACUUGUACCGCAAGUACGGGUACAUGCGCGUACU